ACUUCCGCCAUUUUCUGGUGCCUUCUGGAGAGCCUUCGAGAGCUUAAACAGAUCAGCCGUUUCUUCGUCUCUGCAAUCGAGAGUAUAGAAUCGAUCAAAGGAAAAUGGCUUCAGCUGACGGAGUGGAAGGGUUGGCUUUGGACUUGGAUGAACUGAAGCAUCUUCAGAGCGUUGCAAAGAGGCCUCGCGUUCUCUCUCUCAUUUCCUCUGAAAUUCAAAAGUUGGAGAAGCUGUCAAAAGAUGCAAGCUCUGUUUCUCCAGUACCAACUCCAAUUUCAACUGCACCAAAGGUUAUAUCUAAUCCGGCACUGAGUUAUUCAACAGUUGCAUCCUUUAGCUGGGAUCAGGACAAUGACAAAGUGAAGAUUUAUAUCUCCUUGGAAGGAGUUGAUCAGGAGAAAAUGGAGACCGACUUUAAACCAAUGUCUGUUGAUGUGAAAUUCCAUGAUGUGCAAGGCAAAAACUACCGCUUUUCCUUAUCAAAGUUGAACAAGGAGAUAGUUCCUGAGAAAUGUAAAGUAAUGGUGAAGCCCACAAGGGUCACAUUCACCUUGCCAAAAGCUUCUAAAGGGAACUGGUUAGAUUUGCUCUACAAAGAGGACAAGUUUAAGCCCAGUGUUGAGAAAGAAAAGGAUCCCAUGGCUGGAAUAAUGGAUUUGAUGAAGAAUAUGUACGACGAUGGUGAUGAAGAGAUGAAACGCACCAUUGCAAAAGCGUGGUCAGAUGCUAGAGCUGGCAAAUCAGCUGAUCCACUCAAGGGUUACAAUUGAAGAAAGUAGUUUGUAGCUUAUUUCUACGGACUUGUUUUGGCGUUUCAGGAAGGUUUAUGGAUUUGGUGGUUUAGCUAAUGUAGUAACAUUGUAUUUACUGAUGUUCUUUAUUAAUGCUAAAUAUGUUCUUUAUUAA